AUGAAUGUCACAUUUACAAGUACAGAGGUGUUCUCCCAACAGUUGCAAAGUCGAACAACGGCAAUUCGAUUCGUGGAAUCUUUUGUGAUGCUUCUUAUUAAUCUAACUUCCUUUGCCGGCAAUCUUCUGCUUGGAAUCGCUGCAAUCAAAAAUCCAUCUCUUGGAAGAUCUGUUACCAAUUUGUACAUCAUAACUCUGGCGUUCUCCGACUUUCUUCUAUCUUUACUUGGAAUUCCCUUCUCAGUAGCCACUCUCAUGGUUGGACGAUGGCCCUUCAAUAACUUUCUUUGCCAGCUUCAGGGUUUUUGGAUUCUCCUGAUGUGUGCAAUCUCCCUUGAAACUGUAGCCGUUACUGCUGUAAACAGGUACUUUCGAGUGGUACAUUCCCGUGCGCUGUAUCAAACAGUGUUCAACGCCAAGAAAACCAGACUAACGAUGGCGAUUUUGUUUAUUAUAGCUUUCCUCGCACCCCUUCCUUACGUCGUUGCCGGACACGAGUUUUCUUUCCAUCCUGCGAAAGCCAUGUGUGCGCAUAACGUCGAGAGUCUGUAUAACGGCUACGGAGCGUACUUGGUCCUCGUGUACGUAGCUGUUCCAUUAAUUGCAAUCAUAGUAUGUUAUACCAGGGUGUUCAUGAAGGUGCGGAAACACAAUUUGAAUUUCGUUUCCCGGCUUCGUGGUAGAAGCCAACUUGAUCCAUCGAUAAACUGCAGCCUUUCAGUGGACGAAGUCAACGUGACUUAUACUCUUCUAGUCGUCGUGACAGGUUUUCUAGUUUGCUGGACGCCUGUUGUAGUAAUCGACUUGAUCGACUUUAUAAACUCAGAUUGGAAACUCCAACGACAAGUGUACGUGAGUUACACUUGUUUAGCAUUCGCCAGCGCUUCUCUCAACCCCAUCAUUUAUGGCAUCAUGAAUCCUUCCUUUCGUGUAGAGUAUUUGCGCAUCUUAGCGGCCUUCAAGUUCUGGUCUCUACGCAGAGGUGUCCAAAUCGAGAAUCAUAGCGUCAGAACCACCAAGAAGAAUAUGGCACUUGAGAUAAGACAGAUAAAGUAAAGGAUAAAGGAGGAAAGCAAGCAUCAACAU